AUGGACGCCAACGGGUUGAGGCGCAAGGACACCACCAAAGGUCCGCCCCUUCGCAUUUUAUCGCUAGGUAUGUCAGCACCCCGUCAGCCCGAGCAACCCCGCCCGGCGUCUUGUCGCGCGCACCGCAUAGAUGGCGGAGGGGUCCGAGGCUACAGCAUAUUCAUCAUCCUGCAGGAGAUCAUGCACCGCACCUUUGUCGAGAUCGAGGGCCGCGCCCCGCGCCGCAGCGAGAUCCCCAAGCCCGCCGACCACUUCGACCUCAUCCUCGGCACCGGCACCGGCGGCCUCAUCGCCCUCAUGCUCGGCCGCCUGCGCCUCGACCUCGAGACCUGCAAGGAGCUCUACGUCACCAUGACGCGCAUGGUCUUCCAGACCGACAAGACCUUCCUCGGCAUCCCGACCCGCCCGACCCUCUUCAAGGCCUCGCUGCUCGAGCAGGCGAUCAAGGAGGCCGUCAGGGAGCACACGCGCGACGGCGACGAGGGCAACGACGGCACCCAGGCCGUCAACCCGCUCAGCGCGGCUGCGAGGUCGAGCGCGGCCGGGUCGAGCCCCAGGAGGCAUUCCAGCAACGCCAGCGUCGCGAGCUUCAGCGCAAGGAGUCCGGCUACCCAGUUUGCUCGGCCGAUAUACGGCGGCAGAGGUGGAGGCGACCCGGAGGCGAGACUGUACGAUUCGAGGGAAAACAGGACAAAAACUGCCGUAACGGCCAUGUACAAAGGGACACCAAAAGGCGGAGAACCCGCCAUCCUCAGAUCUUACGACUCGAGGAGAGAACCGCCGCCCGAAUUCGACUGCAAGAUCUGGCAGGCAGGGAGGGCGACGGCAGCGGUCGGGCUCGCCUUCAAGCCCAUCCAGAUAGGGCAGUCGGUCUUCCACGACGACGGCGGCGGCGACUUCAACCCGGCCAUCCAGGCCCUCGACGAGGCCGUCGUUAAUGAGUGGCCCGGCCGCGAGGUCGGCGUCUUCGUCAGCGUCGGCACCGGCAAGCGGCCCAAGGGCAGCGACUCGAACCAGGCCAUGUGGUACGAGGGCUUCCUGGGCGAGUUCGCCGAGGCGCGCCGCCGGCUCAUCGCCAAGAUCGAGGGCUGCGAGAAGACGCACGAGCUCGUGCGCAAGGAGCACCUGCUCAAGCGCGGCGUCAACGUCGAGAACUACUACCGCUUCAACGUCGAGGUCGGCGUCGGCGAGUUCGGCAUGAACGAGUGGAACCGCCUCGCCGAUAUCAGCACCAGCACCAAGCAGUACCUCGCGCGCCCGCACGAGCGCCAGGCCGUGCAGUCGGCCGCCGCCAAGAUGGCCAAGAUCCACCGCGCCAACGUGCGCCACGCGUCGUCGUCGUCGGACCGCUGGUCGGGCGUCCCGGAAGUCAAGGAGACCAUGACCGAGGACAUCCCCAUGCCCUUCGCCGUCGAGCUGCCGGGCGACAUGCCCACCGCGCUGCCCGUCAUCAACACGCCGUCCAGCCGGCAGUCGUACGACUCCGGGUCCGACUACCUCAACGCGCCGGCCAUCACGCCCUCGCCGCGCAGCUCCAACGAGAGGAUACGGCCCGUGUCGAUGCCCGCGCCGCCGCCGCACCCGCCUCCGCACCCGCCCAUCUCAGCGGGCGGCGGCGGCUCACCGCCCACGCGCCUGGCCCAGACGGCGAGGCCGAGCAGCCCUCCCUCGGCGCGGCUGGACGAGGACAGGCUGCUCGUCACGGCGCCCACGCCAGCGCAGUGGCGCAACGCCUCGGGCCAGGACAAGAUCGCCAUCAUGGGGCCGGACGAGCACCCGCUGCAACCGCCCCCGCCUCCCCCGUCGAAACAGGCGCCUCCGGUACCGAACGCCGGUGCCGGGGGCGGGUACAGGAUAGAAGCGCCGCCGGUGCCGCCCAAGACGCCCUUGCCGGAGACGCAGAUGGGCGCCGGCCCCCCCCUGGCGAAUAAGCACCGGCCGCCGGUGCCGAGUGGCGGCGGCGGGCUCCCCUACCCGCUGGACGACGAGGAGGAGCCGCCGCCGGUGAACAUGGCGAGGAAGCCCGAGUACAGGGGGCGGUAG